AUGGCUUCCAAGGCCAUCGCUUACUUAGCUCUUUUUUUACUUCUAAACCUUCUCUUCUUCACUCUAGUACUUAGUGAAUGUGAGGAUUGCCCGAAGUCGAAAUCAACACUAGACAAAAAAGAAAAGCCAAAGCCUCCAGAAACAAAGCCAAAGGAAAAGCCAAAACCAGAACCAAAGCCAAAAGAAAAGCCUAAGCCUCCUGAACCAAAGCCAAAGGAAAAGCCGAAGCCCGAACCUAAGCCAAAACAAAAGCCUAAUAAGCCUGAACCAAAGCCAAAGCACAAAUGUUUACCCAAUCCUCCGGGACAUAAUAAGCAUCCCAAAUGUCUCCCUGAAACUCCCGGACAGGACUCUCCCAAACCACCAUCUCCUAAACCUAAGUCAACACCACCCAAGCCACCGGCUCCAAGUCCUAAAUCGAAGCCGCAGGUUCCAAAACCUAAAUCUCCCAAGCCACGUCCGAAACCUAUAUCUAAGCCACCACCUCCAAAACCUAAAUCUAAACCACCACCUAAGCCUGUAAAUCCUCGUCCGCCUCCUCCUAGACGCGUAUCUCCUCCUCCAACACCUAUAACACAACCACCGCUACCUCCUACGCUCGUAACUCCUCCGCCAACACCUAUAACACAACCGCCACCACCUCCUAUACUUGAAACUCCUCCUCCUACGCCUUUAACACAGCCCCCACCACCUCCUACGCUUGAAACUCCUCCUCCUACGCCUAUAACACAAACGCCACCACCUCCUACCCUUGAAAGUCCUCCUCCUACGCCUAUAACACAACCACUGCCACCUCCUAUGCUUGAAAGUCCUCCUCCUAUGCCUAUAACACAACCGCCACCACCUCCUAUGCUUGAAACUCCUCCUCCUACGCCCAUAACACAACCGCGGCCACCUCCUGCACUUGUAACUCCUCCUCCAACACCUAUAACACAACCGCCGCCACCUCCUAUGCUUGAAACUCCUCAUCCUACGCCCAUAACACAACCGCAGACACCUCCUACGCUUGUAAUUCCUUCUCCUCCUCCAUCUCCUCCGGUAACUCCCCCUCCUUCUGCACCUUCAACUCCUCCUCCUCCACCACCUCUUCCAAAUUUGACUCCACCACCUCCACCUGCAACUUCAACUCCUCCUCCUCCACCACCUCUUUCAAAUGUAACUCUUCCUCCUCCUCCUGCACCUUUAACUACUCCACCACCACCUCCAUCAAAUAUAACCCUUCCUCCGCCGCCUCCUAAAUUGGUAACUUCUCCUUCACCGCCACCCCCUACACCGGUAACCCUUCAUCCACCGCAGCCUCCUCCGACAUCGGCAAUCGCUCCUCCACCUCCGGCUCCGGCACCAAUUGCUCCUCAAGGAGGCACUUGCCCAGGGGAUUUUAAACCUUGCAAACGUCUCCUAGAUUUCUUCCCUUAUGAACCCAGAGAUCCAUGCUGCUCUCUUUUCUAUGACCUUUCUGACGCCCAAGCAGCUAAUUGUAUUUGCAGUGCUGCCAAGUCAGGAGCUUUUAACAAUAUUACCGUUCCUUUUAAUGACAAGACUAUUUUCCCGCUUGUGAUAUUUGAUGCUUGUCAGAGGAUGGUUCCAGCAGGGUUCCGAUGUGCAUGA